CAACCAAUAAACCAGGAACUUAUAAAUGCAACCGCGCUCCAUCUCAGCGCAUUUGUUCCGUGGACGCUCGGAAGAAAAGUCGCGUGAUUAUGUUUGUAUAGUGUUGUUACCGGAAGCUAUGAAGAUGUUCACACGGCCCGCAGUUAGCUGCAUGUUGCUGUUGUCAACCGUUUACGCAAGCGACACCAAGGCUUCUGGUAUAUCCCAGUUCUGGACGGACGACUACAAAGUUUUCGAUCAGAUUUACGGAAAGACUUCUGAUAAGGAACUGUACGGAGCCCUACCAGCAGGUAUCACCUACGGUUUGGAUUUCAAAAAACCCAUCGCAAUCGAGGCUUCGGAAAAGAGAGAAAGAUAUUUAACCAAUGGAAAGGACCUACUAGAGUUUGACCCACAAGCUUACGAUGUUAGUGAUAGAUAUGCGAAAUUGUUUGCCAAAUCUCUACAUUCCGAGAAGACUAAACCUUCACCUGCUUUACAAUUCAUAAGUUUCUCUGACGUCAAACCUAUAAGCCAAACUACUGAUCCAGAAACGUACAACUAUUUGAAGCAUUUAGAGCACUCCACUAAAGAAAAGUAUGUUAUUCCGAAGAAAUUGAAAACUAACUUCAAAUCUUAUACCGAUGUUGAUUCGGAAUCUGAAGUAGACGAAGCAUAUAAAAGUAUUCAAGAUAUUUUGGAUGCCCAUGAAGCGAAUAAAGGGAGUACAUCUAAUGAUGACGAAGAAGAUUUUAAUGUAAGACCUAAAGGGAAGAAAAUAACAGAUGAAAGUGAUGGAUUAAAGUAUUCAAGAAGCAGAAACAGGAGUAAAGUGAGGUUCCUAAGCGGGAAUAGUAUUAAAUCUAGAUGCGUUACAGGCAGAUGUAGAACGCCUUCAGUACGCGUUAGUUCAAGGCCGUAUAUAAGGAAAAUAAAACACUAUACGUACUCCAGGCGUUGAACUUAACAUGAAAAUCAUAUGGAGAUGUUUAGUUAUUGUUAAUUUUUUUGAUAAUACUGAGAUUUUAAUAUUUAAGUAUUUAUUAAUUAUGAAAUAAUUUAAAUCUCUGUUGAGUACAGUUUUCUAUGUGUAAAUAUAUUGUUACUUUUAACAUAAUUUCUGAUGUACCUAUUCGGGAUUGUGUCGAAUAAUUUAAAUCAAAGUUUGUUAUUUUUACCACCGUAUAAUAGAUUAGAGUGCAAUAGUUUUUGCAGAGUAAUUUACUUUUAUCGUUAUGUAGA